AUUUGUGUGAUGAAAACGGUCAUCACGCGCUGGUGCGACUGUUGUUAAUCUCUUCACAGCGCAGCACAUUGAUCAGUUGAAUUACUGGACAUAUACAGAGCAGAUUCUGAUGACUGAAAACGUUGCCUUCGGGAUCACGUUCAAUCCUCAACACUUGGACAAUGAAGAGGACGUGACGCCAUGCAUACCUUACAAACACCACCGAGCCUCCUCAGGUCCAAUCACCCCUCUGACGUUGUGCAGACUGAUAGAGGACGGAAACGGCCAUUCCAUUUAUAAUGACUUCUGCCAAGCCAUGGAACUAAUGAACGAAGGGAGCAAGUUCAUGUCAUUCUCGACUCACUACAUAUUUGACUGGUCACAGCUGUAUGACAUCAACAAGCUGUCUUACUUCCCGUACAAAGUUCUCACUAGACUGUACCAAGUCAAACAACCAUAUGUGCGCACCACCCAGAUGCUUAUUAACAUGCUGAAUGGCAAAUCUAUUGUUAGAUGUUUCAGUGAAAAUAUUCUUGUUGACGUCAGGAGCAGACGACAGAAACUAUUACCGUAUUGGUUCGUUGACAGGUAUGCGAACUUUAAAGGUGUCCUGGCUGACGUAGUCUCUGCCAAACAAGCACUAACCGGAAGUUGGACUUGUCCGGAAGUGCCGAUGUCACCGCCGCCAUUUUGUUUGCCAGUGACAGUGUUGGAGAGUGAAACAGACAUGAACAAGUUUCUAUACAAAGACGCAUUUAUGAGAUAUUGUUUUGAGUGUGUUGACUUCGCCUGUAGGCAGAAACGCUUCCCCUAUCUAAGAGAAACGUUGUCCGAACUCAACAUAAAGGAAUUAUCCGUGUGCCACCAUGACGACGCGCGGGUGGGUGACUGUCUCACAGUGUUGUGCUGGCAAAGGGAACAGCCUGAUGUUUUGUUUUGUGUGAUUAGGAAAAACGCCAGUAUUAUUUAUACUUGCAAGAUGACGUUCGAUUUGAGUUCUUGAAAACAGAUCUGUGUACCAACAAGUGACGAACUCACCUAAUAAACACGUGACUUGAAGUCAUUAUCACAACAAGGUGUAUUUAUUUGAAGUGGGGACUUCAACAACGUCAUUGUUACAAAACUCUUUUUUGUCACAAUUCAAUUCCACGCGACUGUAAUGUGUGCCAUUUGUUUUGUUUUAAGCUUGGUUUUGGAGGUAGUCGUAUACAAGUCGUUCUCUUGGCACCGUGUCUUUUGCCUGUAUUUUCUGGAGACAUUCAAUAUUAUAUUGCCUAUUUUCUAUUUGGCCCAAACCAAAUAUGCUAGUUUCAAUGUUUCAACAUGGUUUGAAAGACGAUCAUUUUAUCUUCUGAUGAUGAAUAGGUAUAUUUCGAUCACAGAGCCCGCGAUGGGAAAAAACUAGCAAGAAAAAGAAUGAAAUCUGCUUAAUCUGGAGCUGAAAAUAUAUUUUGUCGGAGGUUAGCAGGAGUUUUUGUGUAUUAUUCAUACAGAACAAACAUUCCGAAGCAAUUGUAGAUAAAGCAUGCUUUGUGUUUAAGCAAUUAAUGUGUAUGGAAAGGGAAUCGUGCAUCCUGUACAUAUUGACAGUGAUGGAUGUUGUACACAGGCGGGAAUAAAAGAAAAUGACGUCAUCGAACACCUGGCUGACCUCAUUUCACAGGGUCAAUGACCUUUGAAAAACAGAGCGGGUAUAGUCCCAAAGUUUGGUGACCUAAUUGAACACCUGGCUGACCUCAUUUCACAGGGGUCAAUGAUCUUGUACUGAGCUGACCGUGGGAAAAAAUAAUGUUAUUAAUGUUAACGGAACAUUCCCAGUAAAAGAAAAAAAUGCAAUAAAGGAUAUGCUAUUUAUCAAUUUACUCUUGAACCCAAACGCAUAGUAGGGGUACUGUGAAAUGAGGUCAUCCAGGUGUUCGAUGACGUCAUUUUCUUUUAUCGCCGCGUGUGUACAACAGAUGGACAUGUCGCUGUUGGAUCGAACAAACAUCCUGAACAAAUUCCCAGGAUUUUAAUCGUUUGUCCUUACUGACGAGGUCAUGACUUAGACUGAUUCUCUCCCGUUAUAAUAAAAUCCACAAGGAAGUAUUUAAAAAUAAAUUCGUUAAUAAAGCUUCUGAUUUACCUGCUGGUAUUACAAUAUUAUACAAUCAGCCUGACCGUUUGUUUAUUGAUGAUUGUUUCUACAUCUCAGGAUAUAUGUCAAAUAAACGUAUUUGAAAUA